UGGGAGUGAACACAUUCACUGGGAGUUUGCAUGGAGAACUGAGCUUUCACCAGCUGCUCACUAGGAACUGGUACCCUCUGCCAAAUCAUCUGACCCACUGGUGAUAUAUAUUGUCGUUCCGAUUCAGAGCUUGUUGAAUCGUGCACUCAGCUGCAGCCAUGAACUACCUGCGCAGGCGUCUCUCGGACAGCACCUUCAUCUCCAACCUACCGAAUGGAUACAUGACAGACCUCCAGAGGCCUGACCCCUCUCCGCCUCCUCCAGCAGCCCCAGCCAAGUCUCCUACUGCUGGGCCUACUCCCCCCGCUACCUCCCCAAAUCCAGAUAGGAAAGCUCAGCCAGCUCAAUCCAGUGGGGCAGGCUUCUUCAGCUCCAUCACCAAUGUAGUCAAGCAGACAGCUGCUUCAGCAGGACUAGUGGAACAGACUACAGUCACGACUCCCAAGAAGUUCAAGAUCCUUCUGGUCAUCGAUGAACCGCAGCAGGAAUGGGCAAAGCUUUUCAGAGGGAAGAAAGUGCAAGGGGAUUAUGACAUCAAAGUGGAACAGGCUGAAUUCAAUGAGAUCAAUAUCGUGGCUCAUGCCAAUGGGACCUGCAACGUGGACAUGCAGGUGCUGAGGAAUGGAACUAAGGUGGUCAGGUCGUUCAAGCCUGACUUUGUCCUCAUCCGUCAGCAUGCCUUCAGCAUGACCCAGAACGAGGACUUCCGUAACCUGAUCAUCGGCCUGCAGUAUGGUGGAAUCCCCAGCAUCAACACCCUAGAGUCCAUCUACAACUUAUGUGACAAGCCCUGGGCGUUUGCUCAGCUAAUAAGCACCUACAAGAAGCUGGGAGCAGAGAAGUUUCCUCUGAUUGAGCAGACCUUUUAUCCCAACUACAAAGAGAUGGUAACCAUGCCAACAUUCCCAGUUGUGGUGAAAAUUGGACAUGCUCACUCCGGGAUUGGAAAGGUGAAAGUGGACAACCACAGUAAGUUCCAGGACAUCGCCAGUGUGGUGGCUCUCACCCAGACCUACACCACCACAGAGCCCCUGAUUGACUCCAAGUAUGACAUCCGCAUCCAGAAGAUUGACAACGACUACAAAGUGUACAUGAGGACGUCUAUCUCUGGUAACUGGAAGACCAACACUGGCUCAGCCAUGCUAGAGCAGGUGGCCAUGACUGACAGGUACAAGCUGUGGGUGGACACCUGCUCUGAGAUCUUCGGGGGGCUUGAUAUCUGUGCCGUGAAGGCCAUCCAUGGGAAAGAUGGGAAAGACUACAUCACUGAGGUGGUGGGCUCAUCCAUGCCCCUGGUAGGAGAGCACCAGGCAGAGGACAGGCAGCUCAUUGCUGACAUGGUGCUGGUGAAGAUGAACCAGCUAGCAGAGAAGCCCCCUGCAAACUCUCCCCAGAGACCCACCACUAUACAGCCAUCUCAGAACGGCGGACCUAAAGACAUGGUAGCUGAGCUGACCACAAAGCCAGGCGCAGGGCGCCCUCCUCAAGGGGGCCCUGUGGAUCUUAAAGGAUCACUACAGCAAAGUCUGAGGCCUGCUCCACAGUCAACCACUAAAGCCUUGGUUAAGGACCCAGGCACAAGGCCCAUCUCCACCACACAGCAGUCCCUGCCUCAGUCAGCCAUUCAGGGCAAGGCAACUACAGGAAACCUGGAGGCGCCACCUCAGCCUGAUAAACCUUUUUCCCCAGGAUGGCACAAUUCCAAACCCCAGGUCCAAACAGAGGCUGCUCCUCAGGCCCAAGGUGAGCCAUCAGCCCAGCCGCAAAGUGAGCCACCUUUUCAAAACCCCGAGAAGGCCUGGAGCCAUGAAGGCCAGCCACCUGUGGAACAAGAAUCAACGGAGGAGAAGACACGGGCACAUCCACAGCUGAAUAAAUCCCAGUCCUUGUCCAGUGCCUUUGGCCUUAAGGAAACAUCCUUUUUUCGCACAGCCAGCGAAGACGUGGCCAAGGCUGAGACCAUCCGCAACUUGAGGAAGUCCUUUGCAAGCCUGUUCUCUGACUAGAGACGGGCUGAUCAAGCAACAGACAGAAGAAAUCAAAAGUGAUGCAUCAAAACUGUUUGUUUCCCUGACCUCUUUGUUCACUGAGCUUUCACCUUCCUCUGUGAUCAUGUUUUCUACCAGUCAGAACAGACUAGGCUUUCUCAUUUAUAUUAAGUGUGCGCAAAGGUCAACCAUACAGUAACGUAGGCUCAGAGAAACAUAUAGCAUCAAAACAGGUGUCCCUGUACUCCAGUGGAUAUGCACAUCAGAUGUAAGUUGCAUGUUUUGUGUUUCAUGUGUUUUGACAGUGAAUCCUUAUUGUUAAUUCAUUUAACUUAAAGUUGAGUAUUAUCUGUCAUACAAACAUCUCAAACCAGUUAAAUAAUGAUCUUACCAAUGCCAGGUCAAUUGUGUGUCUCAAGGUAAUAUGUUGAAUGCACCUGUGGGUAAAUUGUUGUCAGAUUCUAAUUUAUUUGUGAAAUGUAUAUUUCUCCAAUGUGGUUUGCAUGUUUUUUUUCCACCAUUGUUGUUGUAGUCCUGUUGUAAUCUCUAAUAAACAUCAAUAUGUACAAGACAAGCCUAUU